GCGACUUGCAGCUGGCCAUGGCGGCGCGGCUGUGUGCACGGUGCCUCCCUCCGGCGUGGCUCUGCAGGUGCAAGCCCGACUCUCCCCCGAGAUCCCCCCACCUCCAGCACGCGCCCCUUUUUCUUCGCAGCAGGCAAGCCCGGCAGGGCCAGCGCCGGCACUACCGCGCCGCACUCUGCGCCGAUUUGAAGCAGCCCCUGGCCAUUGAAGAGAUGGCUCCCCGCCCCGUGGGGCCGCACGAGGUCAGAGUUGAUGUUCAUUUCUGCGGCAUUAACUUUGCUGAUAUUUUGGUCUGUCGCGGUCAAUAUCAGGAAAAGCCUGCUCUUCCCUUUACACCUGGAAUGGAGUUUUCUGGGGUCGUCCUGGAGACAGGAGCAGAUGUCAGCACUGUGAAAAAGGGAGAUCCAGUUAUCGGAGUGAGUAGCUUUAACGCUAUGGCCGAACAGUGCAUCACUAACCAGAAGAGCCUGUGGAGGGUUCCAGAAAACAUCUCUCUGCAAGAUGCUGCAGUGCUACCCGUAUCUUACGGCACAGCUAUUUUGGCUGUAGAUCAUCGGGCCCGCGUCCAGCCUGGAGAAACUGUUCUAGUGACGGCAGCCGCUGGAGCCACAGGCCUUGCUGUGAUAGAUGUGGCGACAAAUGUUCUCCGGGCCAAGCCUGGCGUGGGAGGGCAGGAUUGUGGUGUUGGGAUUCGCUGGAGGAAACAUCGCAUCUGUGCCCAGCAACCUGUUGCUCCUGAAGAACAUCUCUGCCAUGGGCCUGUUCUGGGGCCGCUACAAACACCAGGACUUCGCAGUCUUUUCCAAGAGCAUGUCCUUAGCCCUGCAGUACUGCCAGCAAGGGCUCAUCCACCCACACACUGGUGCUGUGUUCAAACUGGAGAAGAUCAACGAUGCCUUCCUUCAUGUGAUGCAGCGCAAAUCCACGGGCAAGGUGCUCCUGUCCCUCAAGUGAAUCCUCACCCAGGCCGACUCCCCUACCAGAUCUCCCUCCUGCAUUCUAAAGGGCUGACGGACCCAGGGACCACAUCUUGGCGUCAGCUCCCUGCAGUUCUGCUUUCUUGUUGCUUGACCUCAAUGUCAUCACAGAGGUUCUUGCCCAAGUUUGACUCCUUCUGGGAAUAAAGAGAACUAUUAGUAAUUUUUAAGGAGACCACAUCCCCAGGCAAGCCAGAAUGUACACUCACCUCAAUCAAGGUGUUUCAGCUGCUAACUCUGAUGCUCCCACACUUCCUUUUCUAUUCUGAUUAUGUCUCAUCUGCUCUUUCCAGUGAUCCAACUGGCUCUUCCUAUAGCCAGACUCUCCCAUUCCCUUCAUCUGUGUCACACAUCAUCACCCUGGCGUCUCCCUGAAACAGCUUUAAUAGUUUCUUGUCUCAGGAAACUGGCAGUGUCUCACCGUUCUCUGCACCGUGUGGCCGAGACCCCUUGAGCGGCCACUGCAUUCUGACUGUUUCCCUCCCUGAUCUUUCUAGCACUAUCUCCACCAUUCCCCUGGUCUCUAAGCAUGCCUCUGCUGAUCCCCUCCUUGUCCUCUGUCCCUCAGGUUUCCUCUUGUCUACUUAUAAGGCCUUUCUGACCUGCAGGCCUGCCAUUCUCCAUAUGCCCUUGCGGUCAGGAAUGUGUUGCUUUCUGCUUCCUGUCUUGCUGUUUGACUUCUCCCCCAGGACUCGCCACACUCCUCUUGAAUCCUAGGGACACCUGUGGAGUGGAAGGAACACUGGCUUCUGAACCUGAGAUGUGGGUUUCAGUGCCAGCAUCCCCGCUGGGGGGUGGUUACUCAAGUGCUCAGCAUUUUGCUUUUCCUGCUGAAAAGUGACUAUUACAAUGUCUAUCUUUCAGUGUUGCUGUGGGCAGUUCAUGAGGUAACUGGGUAGAGCACCUAGCAAUAAAGCACUAGUGAAUGGUG